AUGUCGGACUACGAAGACAACGAUGAAAUGGACAUUGAUGCGCCAUCCAACUCCAUUCAAUUCUCUUCCGCGAAGGACAAAGGCAAACGCAGCGCCGCCAAUCUUCCUGUCGAAGCCGAAGACAAUCUUCCAUGGGUAGAGAAAUACCGACCCAACUCGCUCGCCGACGUCAGCGGUCACCAGGACAUCCUCGCAACCAUCAACAAGUUCGUCGACACGAAUCGAUUACCACACUUGCUUCUCUAUGGCCCUCCAGGAACAGGCAAGACAUCGACGGUGCUGGCGUUGGCGAGGAAGAUCUAUGGGAAUCGGAACAUGCGACAGAUGGUGCUCGAACUGAACGCCUCAGAUGACCGAGGUAUCGACGUCGUGCGGGAACAGAUCAAGACCUUCAGCUCGACCAAACAGAUCUUCGCGGGAAGUUUCGACAAAUCGGCCCAGGACGACAUGGCGCACUACAAAUUGAUCAUCCUGGACGAAGCCGAUGCGAUGACGAGCACGGCUCAGAUGGCACUGCGAAGAAUCAUGGAGAAAUACACGGCCAACACGCGAUUCUGCAUCAUCGCCAACUACACACACAAACUGAGCCCCGCUCUGCUCUCGCGAUGCACACGCUUCCGCUUCUCGCCGUUGAAGAACGCGGACAUCCGGAGGUUGGUAGACAAAGUUAUCGUGGAGGAGAACGUCAACAUCGCCGCCGACGCCACGGAGAGCCUCGUGGCGCUGUCCAAAGGCGACAUGCGGCGCGCUCUGAACGUCCUCCAAGCCUGCCACGCCUCCUCCACACCCCUCCACAUCCCCGGCCAACCGGUCAAGGAAGGCACCGACGUCGUGCGGGAUCUGAUCACGCAGGAGACCAUCUACGACUGCAUCGCGGCGCCCCAUCCCGCCGACAUCGCCACCAUCACCCAGACUCUGCUCACCACGUCGAACGUCGGGUCGUGUCUCAGCACGAUCUCGACGUUGAAGAAGACGAAGGGCCUGGCGUUGGCGGACAUCCUCACGGCGUUGAGCGAGCAGUUGACGGAGGUGGAGGUCCCGGCUCAAACGAGGAUCGCGUGGCUGCAAGGGCUGGCGGAUAUCGAGUAUCGACUCAGCGGUGGAGGGAGCGAGGGACUGCAGACGGGAGGAUUGAUCGGAGUGGUCCGGUCGGGUGUGAGGUUGAUGGAUUCCAAGGCGUGA